GCUCCAGCCGAAAGAAGUUUGAGUCCGAAGCCAUUCGCCGAUGAGCCACGCCAAUGGUCUCCCAGCCUCGGCGCUGGGCAGAGCAUGGGCCACCUGCCGCCAUGCUAGGUGGCCCGCCCCCCGCGCGCCAAAGGCGGCGAAGCGCGCGGCGAGCCGCGCGGCGCGGGCGCAGCGCAAGGCGGAAGCGUGCCUGCAGGAGGCGCGACAGGCGCAGCAGCGCUCCGACUUCCAGCAUGCCGCGCAGAAGUUCGAGGACGCCGCGCUGGUGCUGCAGGGGGCCCCUGGACCUUCCGCCGCGGUUUGCGCCGCCUGGGCGGACUGCGCAGUGUGCCGCCUGGAGCUUCAGGCGCCGUUUGAGGCGCUGGUCGCCUGCGAGCACGGGCUUCGGGGCCCCGCAGGCCCUGAGCAUUGGCGCUGCGGCAUGGUCAGCGCGUUGGCCUUGGAGACGCUGGGCCUCCUGAGCAUCGCGGAGGAGCGUUUGGGCAGCGCGGCUCGCCUGGCUCGUGAGGACCGAGAGGGCAUGCAGGCGGCCCUGGAGGGCCUGCGCCGGGUGCGGGCGCGCAGCGCCCAGCUGGCAGCCGGGGAGCCGCAGGCACUUAUGGAGGAGAUCCAGAGGAUGGGGGCCUUGUUGGGCGAUGAAGAGGCGGGCUACUGGAUCUCCUGCGUGGGGGAGCGGAGCCGAAGCGCGGAGGGCCAGGCGGAGCUGGUGCAGAAAGGAUUUUUGGAAGAGGCGCACCAGUGCCCGGCCAAGCCGGCGGAGGUGGCGCGCCGGGCCAGCCUGGUGGCGUUGAGGUACCGGGUCAACAAGAAGCUGCAGCGCUGCCUCUCGGCGGCCGGGCUGCUGCUGGGUGUGGCGGACCAGUGCGUGCUGCCAAAGGCGAUUCGGCACCCGGGCGCGACGGACCUGGCGGGGGAGGAGACGCUGGCGGAGCUCAAGAGCCGUCGCCUGGCAGUGGUGGACGGGGCUUUCCCCGCAGAAGCGGUGGCCCAGGUGCAGAAGGAGUUGCAUGCCCUGCGCAGCUCGAAGCUCCUGCAGAAUGACACGAAUGACGUGUGCAAUCCUUUGCAGGAGGCGAAAUAUUUGCCCUUUGCGGGUGGUGCUGCUGCGAUGGAGUUCCGAGAGAAGUGCCCCAUCACCGUGCAGGUUAUGCAGAAGCUCGCCGGAUUGGCGGCGAUCUUGGAAGACGAGCUAGGACUCAGCCUUGCGGUGCCGCAGUCGGCGAUGGCGGCCUGCUAUCCGCCGAAGGCAUCGUACAAGAUGCACCUGGACAGCUACUUCUUGCAGGGUUGCCCCGAUGACAUCCCCCGGAAAGUGACUGUGCUCCUCUACUGCAACCACGGCUGGAGCUCGGCCGUGGGCGGCGAGCUGCGAGUUUGGGAGCCCUUCGACCAAGGUCGCGGCUGCGGGCGGAAGAUCGAGCCGCUGGCCGGGCGGAUGGUGGUCUUCAUGUCCGAGGAGAUUUGGCACGAGGUCCUGGAGUCACACGGGGAUCGCUAUGCUCUCACUCUUUGGAUCCACGAUCGUCAGCGCGCGAUGUGA